AUGGACCCUUCGGAACAGAACGUCACUCCACAGCCCACGGUCAACGCGGGCAAGGGCAUUUGCUGGACAUGUCGCAUUCGUCGAAAAAAAUGCGAACAGCCACGGACGAACAAUGGGUGCCGGACAUGCAUUCGACUUCGUAUUGAAUGCCUUGGAUGGGAUCCGAAACCCCCUGCCUGGAUGAGCAGCAAAGGAACCGUUAAAGCCUACAGAAAACACAUCAGAGAGGUGAUAGCCAAGACAGAGAUGGUCGGCGCCCUGCUCCAGCCCUUGCAAGGAGGAGGAGUUUCGCAGUCUUCAACGGUGCCUCUCGACUCCUCGACGCCAUCUGGUCCUUCGGGCUCUCAUAACACAACAACAUACGCCCCUUCCCUCAUAAUGCCUCACCCAUCGGCACUUCACCUACCUCCGCCCAACCACCAAGCCCUCAAUAUAUUCUCCCUUGCUCUCGACACUCCUGACCCGACAUCUACAAUAGACCCCGCUCCUGCCGCCAACAGCAGCGGCAUGCUCCAGACCCCCUACGCGAGCUCACAUAGCGUCAGCUCCUGCGAAGACAGCCAAUCUCCGCUCACCCCUCCUGUCUCUGACUCUGCCUCGAGCGCAUCAUGGCGCCCGACACUGUCACCCGACAUCUUGUCCCUAUCACUGUCCUUAGAGCCAACCCUCGAGAACAACAUGCUGAUUGGACACCCCGAGAACGUGCUUAGUAUGCAGAACCCUUCGGAACAGAACAUCCCUCCACAGCCCACAGUUGACACAGGCAACAGGGACCACAACGGCUCAGUACUCAUGAACAAGUACUACAGGAAGAGUCCAGAACAAGUUGCAGCAUUGAAGGAGCUCUAUGCAAGAAAUGCCGAACCGUCAACUGUAGAGAAAAUAGUAUUAGCACUUAAAAUCGGAUUGGAUCUUGAACGUGUUUCAAUGUGGUUCAGAGCUCAGUGCAAGGAGUUGAAGCAUGAACAAAACGCUAAUAACUGUAAUGGCUCAGUACCCGUGACCAAGUUUUUUGCAGCAACAGUAGAGAGGGAGUCACACCAAAUUGAAGCUUUGGAGAAGGCUUUUGCAAGAAACCCAAACCCGUCCAUUGAAGAACGAGGUGUAAUAGCACUUGAAAUUGGAAUGAAUGCUAUCCAUGUUUCGAACUGGUUUCAAAAGGAACGUCACAGAAGCAAGUCUCGCAUACCAGGUGCUGUUGUGAGAAAAACCAUGUUCCAAACUGAAGCUUUGGAGAAGGCCUUUGCAAGAAACACAAUGCUGUCAAGGGCAGAGAAAGACACACUGGCACAUGAAAUCAAACUCCACCCUGCCCAAGUACACAACUGGUUUACCAAUAGGCGUGUUGCAUUGAAGCAUGUGCAAAAAGCCAAUAACAAGGAUAGCAACAAGUGUAUCGACUACAACAACAGUGAAACAGAGCAUAUGGAACUAGACUGA